AUGGCUGCAUUGAAGUGUUUGUCGACAGCUUGGAGCUCAUUAGUAGCUGUGUUCCACCCUACUCAAAGAGACAACAUCGCCUCAGAAUUACCAUUGUUUUAUAUAACAUCUGCCACAUCACGCGAAUCGGAUUGGGAAAGACUACGCAAGGAAAUCGAUACUGUUGGUGUUUACGAUCUUCACAAUCUUCUACGCCAACGAAAUAGAUUAGAGUGGUCCGAAUGGCAUUUGGCUAUUGAUAAAAAUGAAAAGGCGAUCGAAAUAGCCAAAAACUUUCAUCAGGAAUUUAAAAAAUCCAAAUUAUCCUCAAGUGUAGCUAGUAAAGUAGAUACGAUCGAGAAAACGUUUUUAGAAUACAUGCCUACUAACAAUGAAUGGAAUAAGAUUAGAAUAUAUUUCCAGGAAGCUCGCAAGAAAAACAGUCCGUUACCAAUCAUCAAGGCCUAUACCAUAUCUCAAGAAUUCAGUAAGCGUAUAAAUAAACAUUCAGCUGCAAAUACUUAUCAUGCACUAAAACUCUACUGUACACUGGUGAAUUGUCCGGUUUUGGCG